AUGGAGCCCAGUGUACGACAGGUCGGCUGGCGAAUUCUCCUCGGUGUCUAUCCACCUGAGUUCAAUGGUAAGGAACGCCUCGCUCUACUCCACAACAAAGUUGAGAAGUAUGACAAACUCAAAGAGGUUUGGAAAAAAGCCUAUCAACAGGGUCUAUUGACCAAAGCGCAAAUUGAAGCAAUCACUCUGGCCUGCGUAGACGUUGUUCGUACUGAUCGGUCUCAUCCCUUCUACCACAAUGAUGUCAAGAACAAUCGUGUCGCCCAACUCUUUGACAUCCUUGCUACCUACGCCAUCUACCAUCCAGCGAUUGGCUAUCAUCAGGGUAUGUCAAACAUCGCCAGCCUCUUACUAUAUGCCCAGGGGAAUGAAGGCAUGGCAUACCUUUGCCUCUGUGCCCUCAUGAAACGUCUAAUUCCUAAAUUCUACCCCCAACAUGAUCAGGUCAUGAUGAUUACUCAAAUGCAAAACCUCCACGACCUCCUUGUCUUCACGGACUACAAAAUGUCACAAUUUCUGCGAAUGCACAAUCUGGGCAAUAUGUUCUUUACAGAACGUUGGCUUCUACUUGAACUGAUUCGAGAAUUUCCCUUCGAGCAAGCCCUCCACAUUGCUGAAGUUCAAUGGGCUUCUAUUGCAAUGGUUGCUCAAACUUGGCCGGAAGUCGGUUCCACUGCCUUAUAUACUCAACUGGGCAUUGAACGCUGUCCUGCGGUUUUCGAGGAGAAAGAUACCCAUUAUUCCUGCUGUGAUUCGAACUUGAUAAACAGUCUUAUUGGUGAACAGUUUCAGUAUAAACAGCCGCCAAUUCAAUCUAAUGAGCCCUUGCAUUUCUCCACCCAGAGGAAGAGUCGAGAUUUUAGUGCAUCUGGUUAUGAAGGAGAUCCGGUGCAUAUGAAGGACUGGGUGGUGGAAUUGCCUUCGCCAGAUGCUAUUGGACGUGGAAAUAACCCUUUCCUUCUAUUUAUAUGUCUCUCAAUGAUACUCGAGUACAGUGAUGUUAUUUAUGAGGAGGUACAUGACGUUUGUGAUCUGUUUCAUCUCUUCCAGACUUACAAUAAGCGGCAUAAUAUUUGGAGUAUUCUGAACCGAGCUAGGUCAUUGUUUGAUGCCUAUUUGAAGGAUCAGGAGAUGAAGAGGAAAUAUUUUUCUUAG